GAUGUGUUCCCUUUUAGAAUUGUGCCUCCAAUUAAUGCUCAGUAUGUUAUGGUCCAACUCAGAAAUAGAAACUUCUUGCAGCUUGCUGAAGUACAAGUCUUUUCUGAAUUUAAUAACAAACUUAUCAACUUGGCUUUAAGGAAGCCUGCAAAACAAAGCAGUAAUUUCAAUUCUGCCGCUGUUGCUAAAUUGGCUGUGGAUGGUAACAAGGAUGGACGUUGGAAAUCUGGUUCUGUGACUCACACAAGAAACGAUUAUCAGGCUUUCUGGGAAGUUGAUUUGAUUUCCGAAUCGGAAAUUUCGACUAUCAACAUUUUCAACAGAAUCGAUUGCUGCGGGAAUCGGCUUACAAAUUUUUACAUCAACUUUUAUGACUAUACACACAGUCUUGUCAAAACAUUGGUUCAUGGAUCUACAACACAACGUCUGUAUUCAUUUAGCUUAGUCCCUUCUGUUGUGGCUCAGUAUGUUCGAGUACAGCUUAAGUCUCGAAACUACUUGUCUUUGGCUGAGGUUCAAGUCUAUGGCAAAGUUGUAAAACGACACAGAAACGUCGCCAUUGGAAAGCCUGCUAGUCAAAGUUCUACGUACCGUCAUUCUGCAAACCCCAUUGCCUCCAAAGCUGUCGAUGGCAAUACAAACGGCGUCUUCACCGCUAGGACUACAACACACACGAAUAGAGACAACAAGGCGUGGUGGAAGGUGGAUUUGCGGCAGGAAUAUGCAAUCACAGCGGUCGUUUUGUAUAAUCGGAUCGACUGCUGCAAAGACAGGCUGCAAUACUUUGAUGUCAUAUUGUCUGAUGGAAAGGGGAAUGUAGCCAAGAAAAUACCACACGAAAAAGGAGUGAAAGAUACGUUUCCUUUUAAAAUUGAGCCUCCAAUUAAUGCUCAGUAUGUUAUGGUCCAACUCAGGAAUGCAAACUACUUGCAGCUGGCUGAAGUACAAGUCUUUUCUGCUGCGUAGGCAUGGUGUUCAGCCCAUGGAAAGGCGAGAUCUUGAAUUUCAGGGGAAAGACUUAGUCGCUGGUUGACUUUGAGCUUCGCUUUACUGCUUUUUCUGUCUGUUGCUGCUUAGUCAAUGAUUUGUUUAGUUUGAUGCGUUGGAAGUGACAGUUGCAAUGAGUAUAGUUGCUAGUGGCUGCUUUGAAUGGAUAAGAAACGUAGAGAAAGCUGAAUUAGAUUAUUGAUUUAGAAUGUAUUGAACAUGCAAGUUGAAA